AUGCCCGCGAGUUCCGGAUGCGGAAAUAUGUGACAUCUGCCAUUGUAAUCAAUGCCUAUACCGGAUCCGGCGGCGACGAGGUCACAAACAGACAAUGAGUGUGGUCCUUUGUUGUAUUGGUGGAAUAUCCACAAAUAGUUGUCUUCUUCACCCCCCGUUGAUCACCCCUUCUCUGGUCCGAACGAAACUCUGUCGUCUUCCUCAGACACGUACUCGACUCUUGAUACUUGCUGAUAAUGCCUCCCAAGAAGACCCCAAAGAGAAAGGCUUCGGGCGAAGGAAAUGGUGCACCUUCCCCCAAAAGAGCCAAGCCAUCACCUCCCUCUCCCACAACCUCUGUCUCAUCCGCAGGCUCGACGGCAUCACCAGAUCCAUUCGUUGAUCAAAACACCGAGAACAAGAGACUAAACGCCCACCUGACCCGCAGAGCUGGAGAUCUUGGAAUUCCAAUCGACCCCACUGAAGGCGCAGAUGAUGAAGCCCAUCCCUCGUAUGAUUCCGACGACUCAGAUGUCCCAAUGGUAGAACCUGUCGACCCCAUCACUAAUCUGCGCGAACGCUGCGACAACUUGCUCGAUGAUAUCGAAGAGGCUCUUCGUGCCGUAGACAACAUCAACGGCCAUACUGUGUAUUCGGAAAUCAUCAUUCCAAAGAAGCCGAGCCGCAAGACUCGCAAUCAGAGGCGAAGAAAGCACGGAAAGACAUACAAACUCGAUACAGAGGUCGCCCCUAUCUGCAUACUGCGUGAGAGCAAAGAAAAGGGCAAGAAGAAGAGGAAGAUGACCGCACCAAUGACCGCAUUGGCAUUGAGAAAUCUCGCGAAAACACUAUCCCAACAACUCGUCGAGGAGCUCAAGAAGCGAGGAGUGCAGAACCCUCAUGAUAUAGCCCGGUUCAAAUAUCUCUCCAAAAGGGCCCAGGAGGCAGAUGCAGCCGAAGGAAGAAAACCAGCAAAACAGAUGUUGGAAAAAGUUGUUGACGAGGUGACGAAGGGAGGAUUCAAGUACCCCGGCAAGCAGAAACAGUUCCGAUUUCUUACAAAAAAAGUAAAAGAGGAAGAGUUGGAAGAGAUCAAAAGGGUCAAAGCACAAGAGAGGGCCCUUGAUCAACAAUGGAAUAACCAUGGCCUUUCGCUGCGACAGUUGCUCAACCUCUUAAAGAGUCAGGGGUCAAGAUGCGUGAACCCUACUCGCAAAGAACUCGAGGAAAAGUGCCGAAGGUACGGCCUGAGCACUCAAGGAGAGCUUUGGGACUUGGACAGGUCCAUUCUCAUGUAUGAGAUUGCCAGAGGGCGACGUCUACCCGGACUGCCUGGAGAGACCAGAGCAGCCCUUGACAGCAUCAUAUCCUUACUCGGUGAAGUCGAAGUCCCUGAAUCGGAGACGGUCGAGACAGCAGCCGGAACUGGUGAUGGGGAGAAGGACGAUGAUGAUGCUGGCGGCCCAUUUGAAAAUCUCGCCCUUCGAGCCAAAGACAAGGGCAAAGGCAAAGAAACGGGAACUGGAACUGGAACAGACGGAAAGGGCGCAAAGAAAGGUGGUACCGGCAAGGGAGCUAAAGGCAAACCUGCUGCUCCCCGAAACACAAGAGCCACGAGAGGAAACAAUGCCAGACGAGUCUUCAAUUCCGAGGAGCUCGAGAUGGCAGAACAAAGGCGUUUGACGAUGACCACAGGAGGACAAACUCAGACAUUCGGCCAAACCAAUGUCUCCGGAGCAGGCAAUCGUUGCUUUUGGCACGCCGUGCAACGUCUUUGGCUUGGACGUGAACGAGACGUGACAUCAGGACCACUCUCAGAACAAUACCCCGUUCACGCUAGAGUCGAAGAACUGUGGGAUGCUGUAAUGCGUCCUCCAGAAAAUGUUACGAAUCCCGCACGCCAGACUCGACUCGCUCUCUACCAGACUCUCCAAAACGACAGCCGCCAAAACACGCAUGGGUCGCUGGAGACGCGUAUACGGAAUCUGGAAAUGGGAGACGAAGACAUGGCUCAGCUGGUUGCUGACGCAUUAGAUGUCGAGAUCUUCAUGUACAGGCCGAUCUGGAGCGAUGCCGGCCGAGUCACUGACUGGUACCGUAUUGUCAGAGGACAACCACAGACUGAAGACCGUCAAUUACAUCUGGCCAAUUAUUCAGAGGCACUGCAUUGGACAGCCCUGACUGUCGUUGGAAACUUCGUCUUGCCACCUUUGGGCCCUGAAAACAGGCAGCCUUCAUUCACGCAGCCUCCCAACACUCCACCUAUCAAUCGUCUUAGAGCCGGGGAUACUGGCAAUCAGGACCUCAGACCCGCUUCUCGUCGUGAAAGCCCUGAAAACGGGCACGUCGCAGACUUGUCCGAGGAGAUGAUCACCGAAGAAGAUGCUGAAGACGAAGACGAAGAUGGAACAGAUAGUAAAGACGGCGGAGGUGGCGGAGGCGGCGGAGGUGGCGGAGGUGGUGGAGGUGGUGGAGGUGGUGGAGGUGGUGGAGGUGGCGGAGGCGGCAAAGACGAUGAUGAAGGCGACGGGAUGGAUCUGGAUGGCAUGAACCCGGGCGGAAAAUCACCUCCCGACCAUCCAAUGCCCGAUCCAGACGCUCCCAAUUCAGACGCCAGGGAGCUCGACAUGCCAUCAUCAGACGAGGAAAUGGAGGGCACACGUGCCGCCCGCCAUCCUUGGAGGUCGCGCUCGACUUCAAAGUCAACCUCCUCAUCAAAGUCAUCAAAAUCUUCAAAGUCCUCAAAGUCAUCCAUGACGACGAAUCCAUCUCUAGACUCGACAAAAGCGCAACCAACCACAAAGUCGCAAGCUAGGCCUUCAUUGCCAAAGACAAAGCCAACGAAGUUUGUCGCUGAAAGAAAGGAGGAUACGAUGUAUCCAAGCAGAAUGACGCGUAUAAUGAAGCUCAUCGCGUCUCACAGGAGUAAGGUGCCUGGUUAG